GUGGAGGAGAUGAAGAGGACUUUCCGUACUCGAGAUGAUGACCCUGCGUACCGUACCAGGAGUGCGGUGCAAAGCAAUGCACCACGUGGAAACGCGUGGCAGACAGCUGGGAGCCACAGUGCAACGCAGCUUGCCGAGGUCAUAGCAGAGGAGGUAGAGAGGGGGAAGAGGUCGGAAAACCUUAUACUCAGGGGCAUCCCCGAAGCGGACAAUGAGGACAGCGUAGCACUGUCAUCCAGAUGUGAGCAGCUCCUCCAGAUUAGUGCUGACCAAAUACUCUCUGCAGAGCGCAUUGGUUCCGCCAGCAAAGCCGUACAGGACAAGGCCAGGCCAGUGAGGCUACGCAUGAAAAGCCACGAGGCCAAGCUGUCAGUGUACCGUAAACGUCUGAAUUUGAAACUGAAUGAUCAAGAUGUGUACGUGAACAACGACCUGACCAAGCAACAGCAGAUUGCUAGACGACAGGCCCUGCCUAGGUAUAAGGAACUCCGCCAAAAGGAGAUCCGUUGCUCGCUACCGUAUGGUAUGUUUUGAUUACAAGAAUUACACCAAGUGUUGCGAUGCCGACGGUCAUGAUGUUCCUCGCCAUACUCAUCCUCCUCCUCUCGGCUUGAAUCAUCUUGUUUAUUGUUUCGCUUAGCUCUUUCUUGACGAUGCGAGCUGCUUCCCAGAUGUACUCAUCGUUCAUGUUCUCCUCUGAAUGCAUUUCGUCGAAAAGGACGAUGGCUAGUGCGAUCAUCCCUCGUAUUGUGCCGAUCGAUGCAUUUCUUUGGUGAACCCUCUCCAGCACGGUCUUUAGCUGUCUCUCUAGCGUUGAGAAGUUUCUCUCGUAUCCCAUCAAGUAGUGCGCUGCUUGUCUAUACUCCUCUCUGUUGUCAAUAGCUUCUUUUUCUGCUUCUUUCCAAAUUGUCGAAAGCUGUUCAUUCUUGUCGAUCAAUCUUUUCAGCCACCAGCAUUCACAGAAAUGAUCCAUCAUGUCUGUAUUCCUUGGUGGCCUGCGUUUGAUCGCCCGUCUUGCUGCAUAGGUGAUCAG